CACCGACAAGAGUGAUAUUAGAAAGUCCCCCCCCUUUCCAUUCUCCACUAAUAUAAAUAAAUAAAUAAAAUUCGAAUCCUUUGAUUCUGGGAGAUAACUGCUGCUGCUGCUGCUGAAGCUGAAAAGAAGAGGUAGCUCGCAGAUAUGCUUCAUCAAUCACUUCCGCUCCUCUGUGAUUCCAAAAUUGCUGACAGCAUACUUCUCUCUGUCUCACAUUUCUCAAACAACAACAACAACAACAGUAUCGGCUCUUCUCGUGUUCUCGAUGUGGGAUUGAAAUUCAGUAAACAAUCAUCCGGCGGCGGCAGCAGUGGGCGAGGAUUCUCCAGCAAGGCUGGAGCCAAGACCACUACAACACCUAAUGUUUACGGUCGUCGUGCUCAAGAAAGUGUGCUUGAGCAGGAAGAAGCACCUCAAAAGUUGGGAUUUAAAACAUUCCCAGGUCAAGCAUUUCCAUUUGGUGUUUCACAAGUUGAAAAUGGGAUCAAUUUUGCUAUAUUUUCGCAGCACGCCACUGCUGUUACACUUUGCUUAUCACUCCCUCACAGGGGAAAGUCUGAAAGGACGGAUGGUGGAAUGAUUGAGGUGGCUUUGGAUCCCAAAGUUAAUAAAACGGGAGACAUUUGGCACAUAUGCAUUGAGGAUUUACCACGGGACGACGUGCUUUAUGGUUAUAGGAUAGAUGGUCCUCGAGAUUGGCGUCAAGGACAUCGAUUUGAUAGCAGCAUCAUGCUUAUUGAUCCUUAUGCUAAGCUAGUUGAAAGUCGCCGAUUUUUUGGUGAUGCCAGCCGUAAGCUGUCAAAAUUUUAUGGAACUUAUGAUUUUGACAGCUUGCCUUUUGAUUGGGGUGAUGACUACAAGCCUCCAAAUAUACCAGAGAAAGAUCUUGUUAUAUAUGAAAUGAAUGUCCGUGCGUUUACAGUUGAUAAAUCCAGUGGCUUGGAUCCAAGCAUACGUGGAAGUUACCUUGGCGUAAUUGAGAAGAUCCCACAUCUUCUAGAGCUUGGUGUCAAUGCAGUGGAGCUGCUGCCCGUGUUUGAAUUUGAUGAAUUUGAGUUUCAGAGGCGCCCAAAUCCCAGAGAUCACAUGAUCAAUACAUGGGGCUAUUCAACAAUAAAUUUCUUUGCUCCUAUGAAUCGGUAUGCUAGUAGAGGUGGUGGACCUCGUAAUGCAUCUCGGGAGUUCAAGGAAAUGGUUAAAGCCUUGCAUGGUGCCGGAAUUGAGGUUAUUUUGGAUGUAGUCUUUAACCAUACAAAUGAGGCUGAUGAUAAAAAUCCUUUUACAACUUCAUUUCGCGGAAUCGAUAAUAAGGUUUAUUACAUGGUUGACCUCAGCAAUAAUGGCCAGUUGCUGAAUUUCUCUGGAUGUGGGAACACAUUAAACUGUAAUCAUCCUGUGGUCAUGGAGCUCAUCCUUGACAGCUUAAGACACUGGGUCAUUGAAUAUCAUGUGGAUGGAUUUAGAUUUGACCUUGCCAGUGUACUUUGCCGAGGAACAGAUGGUUCUCCACUUGACGCUCCCCCAAUUAUUAGGGCAAUUGCAAAAGAUUCCAUCCUGUCAAGAUGUAAAAUUAUUGCAGAGCCUUGGGAUUGUGGAGGCCUUUAUCUGGUUGGAAAUUUUCCAAAUUGGGACAGAUGGGCUGAAUGGAAUGGCAAGUACCGUGAUGACAUAAGAAAAUUUAUUAAGGGUGAUUCUGGUAUGAAAGGAAGUUUCGCCACCCGGGUUGCUGGAUCUGCUGACCUUUACAGAGCUAAUAAGCGCAAGCCUUGUCAUAGUGUUAAUUUUGUUAUUGCACACGAUGGAUUCACGCUGCGUGAUCUUGUUUCAUACAAUUUCAAGCACAAUGAUGCUAAUGGAGAAGGUGGAAAUGAUGGAUGCAAUGACAAUUUUAGCUGGAAUUGUGGAUUUGAAGGAGAAACUGAUGAUCAUAAUAUUAAAGCUUUGCGCUUCAGGCAGAUGAAAAACUUCCAUUUAGCAUUAAUGAUAUCUCAGGGAACACCAAUGAUGCUUAUGGGGGACGAAUAUGGACACACUCGCUAUGGAAAUAACAACAGUUAUGGGCAUGACACCUCUAUUAACAAUUUCCAGUGGGGGCUCUUGGAUGCAGAAAAGAGUAGUCACUUCAGGUUCUUCUCAGAGGUCAUAAAGUUUCGACAGACACAUGGAGUAUUUACUCAUGACAAUUUUCUCAGCGAAAAUGAUGUGACUUGGCAUGAGAACAACUGGGAGAAUCACGAAAGCAAAUUUCUUGCAUUUACGCUUCAUGACCAAAACGGAGGAGAUAUCUAUUUGGCUUUCAAUGCUCAUGACUAUAUUGUUAAAGUUUCAAUACCCCCACCACCACCCAAGAGGCGCUGGCUUCGUGUGGUAGACACCAAUUUUGAAUCUCCGGAUGACUUUGUUCCUCAAGGUCUCCCACGCAUUGGAAGCACCUAUAAUGUGGCCCCACACUCUUCAAUUCUUCUUGAAGCUAAAAACUGACAGAACCUGAAGCUGAUCGCCGAUGAAUAUUCUGAAUGACCUGCCUGAUCUGGAGAAUCGCAAAAUCUUCCCUGGGAAAUGCUCAGAUUCCUGGCAUCAGGUUAUGGUUACAGUACUUGAUGUAGAUGUCACUUUACCCUGGAUGAAUGCAAUCAAAGAGAUUUGAGAGAGCAUGGAGGUUUAUCAUUGCUACAAUGUGACUGAUGUCCGCUCAUUCCUUUGUUGCAUCAACUAAUAAAAAAUACUUCAACUUGAGCAACAAGUAGAAUAUGCCCUAUUCGAUGUAGGUGCUGCUGUGUGUAUGUUAUGCAUGAGCUGUGUAAUACUGAGAUGAACUCUGGGGUCCUACAGUUGGUAAUUCCUAAAUAGAGUGGAAAGAAUGUCGAAAGAUUACUAAAAAAUAAAAAAUUGAUGGUAAUAAUUACGAUGACAAUGUUAAUUAUUAGUA